GGUGGGUAGGUCGGUCGGUCGGUCGGUCGGUCGUUCGGUCGGUCGGUCGGUCGGUCGUCCUCGCGCGUCAGGCACGUCGCGACCCCCAACACAGUAGCAUCGUCGCACCCGUCCCGACUAUGAGAAGAGCGUCGGGUACCGCCGCCGGCUGUCACCACCACCACCACGGGACGUCGUCUCCGUCGACGUCGUCGUGGUCGUCGUCGUGGUCGUCGUCGUGGUCGUCGGCGUAUUGUUCAUCCGUAUCUUCGGCCCGGAAAUAAAAGCCGGCAGAGCUGGAAGAUAAGAUAAGAGCCGACACUUCCUGGAGGAAGCCGCGGGCGUCGCCGCCGUCAUCCGUCACCGAAGACUCGUCACGAGGACCGCCGUGGGAGAUAUAAAAAAAAAAAGAAAAGAAAGAGAGAGAAAGAGAAAACGGCGAGCGCGUCAGGAGCCUUUUCUUCGCACGGUGGAUCUCGCGGCGGAAGAUCAUUUCGACGGAUAAAUAGGGAAGAAGAGAAAUCACCCCGAUAUCGCUAAAAAGACAAAUAGAUCGGGUGGGAUAGAGCAGAGAGUGUAAGAGAGAGAGAGAGGGAGGGAGAGAGAGAAGGCAUGCGGUCUUGAGAGCACGUACAAACAGGUGGCGAGGCGGGAUCCUCCGUCGGAGACCUCGGUUCUACCGAAAGAGAGGGCGGAUACGCACACCACGAGGGGUGAAAAAGAGAGAGGCACACGCGCGCGCGACGAAGUACCGCGCGCACACGAGAGUAACAGAUGCGACGGCACCUGCAGCGUAUCCCGACGAAUCAUCAUCCGCCUGCUGAUCUCGUCGACCGAGAUCGAAAGACGUCCGUGACGCUCGACCGUCCGGUGUUAUCCUCGGCCGUACCGUUAGAACUUAAACAAAGCAAUCUGGACAAUCAAUCACCGCUGUGAAGAACAAGACGUGGGGGGAGGCGUCCAUCUGGCAACGACCUGUGAUCAUGCUCAGUCCCAAGAUGCAAAGAACCGUGAGGGUAAAUGACGCUCAGCUAGUUAUGCUGUCGGAGAGAGCCCAUUACGAUCAUUCGCUGACGGGAUAUUUGCACAAGCGAGCGGCCGACUCCACUAAGUGGCAAUUACGAUGGUUCGUUCUCUAUCAGAAUAUGCUAUUCUAUUACGAGAACGAGACCUGUACGCGGCCCAGUGGCGUCAUUAUGCUGGAGGGCUGUUAUUGCGAUCGACUCAUCACCGCCAAAGGCAAAGAGCCGGAUAAACAGCACUGUUUCGCGAUAUCGUACAGGAGGGAGAAUCAACGGCAAUACGAGCUGAAAGCGGCCACCGAGACAGACUGCAAAACAUGGAUCGAUGCGAUACGAGAAGCCAGCUUCAACAAAUUGUUGCUACAAAAGGAGGAGCUCGAGCAGAAGCACCUGCACCUGUUGCAAAUCGUCGAGAGCGAGAAGACGGCCAAGUGGCAGUACACUCAGCAAUGCGAGGAAUUGGCGUCGGAGAUAAAAAAGCUGCGAACCGAGCUGUGUACACUUAAAAAGGAACUGAGGCCCUCCGUGACGCCGACGUACUGUAGGCCGGCAUUUCAAAGGACUAUGUCUCAAGGUACCGCAAGUUUAUACAGCGGAUCUAUGGCGCUCGGUGGAGCAGCUUACGGCAUCGCCGGAACUGGUUUCGGAGGGGCGCCCGCAUUACGCGGCAUUAUGGAGGGUUCCAUUGAAAUGCAGAAAAUCAAGAAGGUCCAGAGUUUCUUCAGAGGUUGGCUGUGCCGUAGGCGUUGGAAGCAGAUCGUUGAACAGUACAUCAAAAGCCCGCACGCGGAAAGCAUGCGCAAGCGGAACAGUCUGGUAUUUAAAAUGGUGGAGGCGGAGGUGGAGUACACGGAGCAGAUGGAAGUUUUAGUAAUCUGUUUUCUGAGGCCUUUCAAGAUGGCUGCCAGUUCAAAGAAACCCCCAUGUAGUCACGAGGAUGUGAAUAGCAUAUUUUUGAAUAGCGAGACCGUGCUGUUCCUUCAUCAGAUCUUCCUGAAGGGUCUCACUUCUCGUAUGGAGAGCUGGCCCACUUUAGUUUUAGGUGACUUGUUCGACAUGCUACUACCGAUGUUAUCAAUAUAUCAAGAGUACGUGCGAAACCACCACUACAGCCUUCAAGUGUUAACCGAAUGCAAGCAAUCAGCCUCGUUCGCGGCAUUGCUCAAGAGGUCGGAGCAAAAGACUGCCUGCCAAGGACGAUCUCUAGAGACCUUUCUAACGUAUCCCAUGCAUCAGAUCCCAAGGUAUAUCAUUACUCUGCACGACUUACUGGCGCACACGCCGUACGACCACGUGGAACGCAAGAGCCUUCAGAAUGCUAAGCAACAGUUGGAGGACCUGUCGAGACAAAUGCACGACGAGGUCAGUGAGACCGAAAACUUGCGGAAGAACUUAGCCGUGGAGCGGAUGAUCGUUGAGGGGUGUGAUAUUUUGCUGGACGUCAAUCAGGUCUUCGUCAGGCAAGGUACGCUCGUGCAAAUAGUGGACAAGUCGCGCGGCGCACGAAGCAGGCUGAGCGCUACCUUCGGCGGCAAAUCCGCGAGCGACAAGGAGGCGGUCAGACAGUGCUUCCUCUUCUCGAAUCACCUGCUGCUGACGACCCGGCAGUCCGACGACGACGGUCGCUUGAAUUUGGUCCCGCAGAUCGGCAAGAUCCCUUUGUCCGACGCGGUGCUGAUCGAAGACCCGAGCGAUCAGACCGAGAACGAUGACGAACUGUCAGUAUGUUCGAUGUCAAGCGGCAUCAGCGAGAGUAGCGGAAGCGGCAGCGGUAGCGCGUCCUCCCAGCUGCAGAAUCGCGACUUCAAGAUCAUCCUCGACGUAAAGUCCGGCGGGCUUCAGGUGACUGUGCAUCUCGUGGCGCCUACUAUGCAGGAAAAAGCCGCUUGGAUCAGCGACAUCAGCCAGUGCAUGGACAACGUUCACUUCAACGACCUGCUCCAUGGAUCGGACACCAGUUCCGUCACGAUGCCGCAGUCCAUCAAGAACGACCCGAAACUCUUCAAGGACGACGUGGACAUACGGUUCAGUCGUACCUUGAAUUCGUGCAAGGUACCGCAGAUCCGUUCCGCCACGCCGGAACGUCUGCUGCAGCGCUUGACGGAUCUGCGAUUCCUCAGCAUCGACUUCCUCAACACGUUUCUGCUGACGUUCCGGGUGUUCACCGACGGCGUCACCGUGCUGGAGGCUCUCAAGAAAGUGUUCUACGAGGCUGAGCCGCCGGACGCGCCGAUGCCUACCGGAUCGCUCGUAUCACUGGACGUGUUAGGAGCAUCCGCGGGCGAGAGCCAAUUACAAUUAGAAGACCGAAGGAGAAGUAGUUUCUCACCUAGACGGACAAGCGGUGCGAGCUCAGUCUCAGGAUACGGAUCAGAAGUGAGUGCUGCGGACUGUCGGGAAACCAGGUCUCACGGUUCCUUCGAUGCUAACGUGGGUGGACUGAAUUCAAAAAGUCAUUGGCGAUCCGGUUACAGAAAGUUGGAAGAGGAACAAUCACUCGGUCUGAUCUCCGAGACCCCGAUCAUCAAAAGUCCUACGUCGCAGACAUCGAGUCCAUCCACCGCGUCGCAAUCCCCGAUCACGCCACGUAAGAUCAGUAUUCGCGUGGACAAGGAGUCCGAGAGCGACGGAUGUCACCUAACGAUACCAAAAGUGAUCGCUGUGUCGUCCAGCUCCGAGACACUCACAGAUAUUACAGUAAUCAGCGCGCCAUCCUCGCCGAGCAACUUAAGCUCCGUGACGCUAAUCGGCUCGACGGGUUCCGGAUCCGGGUCGGAUCCGAGUCCUCAGGAAGGAGGUACAUAUUCCCGCGGUAUUUCAGAGGAGACCGACACGCCCGUGGCAACGUCGGAGGACAGCCCGAGAGAGAUACAAUUCACCUACGACACACCGACACAGUCGAUCGAUAAGCCGGACACGCCGACGAAAACGCCGGGUUCUCCGGCGAGCGAGGCGACCGAAGCGAGCAAAGAAGGGAAAGCUACGACGGACGACGAGAACAGCGAAUCCUCCCCUCGGCGGGUCAGUCAACCGGCGCAGACGAGUCAACAAUAUUCGGAGCACAGGGCAUCUAUCGCCUCCGCUCCGCCGUGCACUACGAGGAGGGGCUCGAUCUCCACCAUAACCGGAAAUUAUUGGGCGAGCCGGCGAUCGAUGCAGGAGGACAUCUCGCAGCAGAGCAACUAUCAGCACGACGCUCAACAGGUCUCCGGUAAAGCAGGCGUGGUGAUCACGAGCUUCCGCCAGAGUCACCGAAGCAUUGGACCUGAACCUAUCUGGAGCAGCACCUCCACGGCCGCGGCCGCGUUCGCAAUCGCGACCUCCGCCUCGAGUAAUCCGCCCGACAAAGGACCCACGAGCGACAGCAACAACCGCAGCGGCUCGUGCCGCGACAAGAACAGGCGGAAGGAAUCGGUGAUGUCGACCGCAGCGACGAUGAGGGUGCUCAACGUGCUGCGGCACUGGGUGUCCAAGCACCCGCAGGACUUCGAGCUGGAUCAGAAACUGAAGAAUCUGACGAUCGAGUUCCUGGAGGACAUCAUUUACAGCCCCAACCUGCUGCCGGCUGAACACAAAGCGGCCAGCCAACUACUCAGACUGCUCACCAAAGAGGAGCAAGAGAACAGCAAGAUCGACUUGGACAAGCUGCUGGCGCCGCCGACGAUUCAGAGCAAAGAGAGCAUCGAGACGCUGUCCGCGCUCGAGAUCGCGGAGCAGAUGACGUAUCUGGAUCAUCAGAUAUUCGUGUCCAUCACCAGCGAAGAAUUCCUCGGGCAAGCAUGGAUGAAGACGGACAAAGCGAUCCGCGCGCGUCACAUCCUCCUGAUGACAAAGAGAUUCAACGAGGUGUCGCAAUUAGUGGUCUCCGAGAUUAUUCGUCGAUCUAAUAUGUCGGCCAGAGUGUCGGCUAUCGAGAAGUGGACCGCGGUGGCCGAUAUCAACAGAGUGUUACACAAUUACAACGGUGUGCUGCAAAUUUGCGCGGCGUUCACGAACAGCAGCGUAUAUAGGCUAAAGAAAACUUGGGAGAAAGUCCCGAAAACGACGAAGCAGACGAUAGAGAGAUUGCAGCACGUCGUCUCGUCUGACGGACGCUUCAGAAAUUUGCGGGACGCCCUGCAUCGCUGCGAUCCACCCUGCAUCCCUUACUUGGGUCUCUACCUCACCGAUCUCUCGUUCAUCGAGGAGGGUACUCCGAACUUAACCGAGGACGGUCUUCUCAAUUUCUCCAAAAUGCGAAUGAUCGCUCAUGUGAUCCGCGAGAUACGACACUUCCAGCAAACGCCGUACAAGAUCGAAUUGAUCCCGAAGGUGAGCAACUAUUUGCUGGACACGUCGCUUCUACUGAACGAGAAGGAUCUGUAUCGCAUGUCCUUAGACAUCGAGCCCAGGACAUCCAGAUUGAGCAGCUCGACUAUAAUCGGUGUGCCGCCCUCGGUCAGCCAAGCGUCCAUGAAGUAAGCUCGUUUCGCCGUUUCGAGCGAACGAACGAAUGAACGAAUGAACGAACGAACGAACAAACGAACGAACAAAAGAACGAAAGAAGAAUGAAAGGGAAAAUGAAAACCGACGAGCGAGAUGAUAGGAAAGAAGAUCCAAGAUCGAAAAGUAGUAAAUAUCCGUCGCGCGCGCGGCCAAUUAUUCGAUUGCGAACGCGACUCGCCGUGUUUACAGCCCCGUCCACUCUUUCUGUCCACUUCAGUUGCGCUGUCGGCUUGUGACGCGAUCUUCGACGUUCGCUUCUGUUGCCGUCUUUUUGCGUCUACGUUUCGCGAGGUAUUUACGUAAGCUCCUAGACAAGUAAGAUCAACGGGGAUCUCAUCGUCGCAAAGAAUCGGCCUCUCAGCCUCUUUCGCGGGUAGGAACUUGUCACGUUCGCUUGGGACAGACGUGUGUGAUCGCGAUGAGCGAAAUUACGUUUCGGGUGAAUCUUCGCUGGGUUGCUGAAAUUACCGCCUUUCGAUUAUUUUAUUAUCGUUGUUCUUGUUUUCAAAAAAUCUCGCAAACAUUUUGCGACGAACAGUUCCGAGUCGUUCCUUUCCCCGAAGAUAUAAACUGAAAUGUUUACCAAACGUCAUGCACAAAUUCAUAAAGCACGCGGCAUUAACUUGGAAACUGAAUUAGGCGUUUAACGAUAACAUUGGAUGAUAAAGUGGAUACCGUAGAUUAAGGAAGAAGUAAAUGCGCUUGAUUAAAAAUACGAUCGAAGGUAACAGUGUUAUUUUAUUACUAAAUGCCACUAAAAAUUCCUAAUUUUUUUUCCGAUGUAGUUUCAAAUCAUUCGAGAAUUUCUUUGGAUUAAGAACAAUGAUAACGAAAUAAUCAGUAACGAGCAGAAACGAACAAAUAUUUUCUCGUAAUAACGUAAUAUGUUCCUCUCCUUGUGCAUUUCGAAUGUCGUUAUCUUGUGUGUCGCGUGUAUCGUCCUGUGCAUAGAAAAAAAAAAAAAAGAAACCAAAAAUAAUUCGGAGCUCAUAAAUGUGGGCUGGGGUUUCAUUUGUCUGAUAAAUUGUGCGCGAUGCGUGUCGUCGCGAACGAUCCGAAUUUUUUACAAGACGGAGAAUGCUCUGUUAACACCGACGUGAUGAUCGUUGGCGAGGGCGCAGAGUCACCGUCGCUGAUUUUCAUUUAGCGCCGCUCAAUCGAGCCAGUAUUACUACGCGAGACAUGUAAGCGUGUAACUCAAGUAGUUGUUCAGAUGAGUAUCUUUAAGAGAACAAAUGAAAAACGUGGGAGUCGAUUGAAGAUUGUAUCUUGACAAUCAGUAGAGUAAAGAUAACGUUGUUUUUCGUUUACUCCGAUUAUCGUUAUACGAGCAUCAAAGCAACUCGUUUGUCAAGCGACAAAACCUAUUCUUCCGCGUUCAUAGCAAUCUUUUUCUAAAAUGCUAUUUUAUAUAUAUAUCACACACGAAUGAUAAUCAUAUUUUACGAGUUGCAAUAUCUUAUUUUUUAUAUUAUUCUACUAUAUUUCAUGUCCAUUACAUUUUACUACUAAUUAUAUAAUA